CUCUUAACACAGCCAGUGAGAGAGACAAAACCAGAGGUCAGGCUGAUAAGAGAAGAAACACCAGCACAUCUCAGAGACUCGAGGAAAGGAGAGAAAUAACAAGGAGAAUUUGGAGGACACUGCGUGCGUGUGUGUGUUUGUGGUUUUAUAUGUUGAGACAGGGUUGAUUCAAAGGAUACUUGUGACACUGACAGAAGAGAACAACAGAUUAUGGAAACCUCGAGUCCUUCUAAGGGCCCCGUGGAACCCAAAGAAAAAAGGAAAAUCCAUUUUGAAGACCCAUCUAUGGAACCGACCCAGCUGGACCCUCGGCAGGUUGAGAUGAUUCGACGGCGAAGACCCACACCUGCCACACUGUUCAAAGUAGCAGACCAAGCGUCACCGGAGGACGACAUCUCAAGCCAUCAGUGGGUUGUAGGGGAAAACGGCGUCCUUAAACCAAAACGAAUCAACCCAAAUAUCUACCAGCCACCAUCAUUAAAAGCCGUCCAGGAGAUGGCUGAAGCUCAGAUGCUGAAAUUAGGUGUGUGUCCUUAUGUAGAAGAGGAAGGGGAGGAGCCGAACCUGACAGAGAGGGAGGAGUUUAAUUCAUCCUGCACAGCGGGUUCACCGGAGCAAGCGGACGUGACAGAUAACCAGUCAGGCUUCAGAAAGGCAGCAGCCACGGCAGCGACUGAUGAAGAAGAGAUUGAGGAAGAAGACGAUGAUAUGACGUAUAAAGACAGCACACAUGUGGACUGAGGAUGAAUGUUUAGAACCUUUUAGGAUUUUUCAUAAUGCAGAUGUUUGUUCGGGAAUCAAAACAAUUGUUUGUUUUCAGUAAUUUCAUUGCUGUUUAUUUUGAUUUCAGAGAAAAAGACUGAAAAUAUUUUGACUGGAAUUUCUAAGAGGCCUGACAACUGCAAAACAUUCUUAAAUGGCCACAGAAUAGUUACUUAGUAAAACCUUUCAGGAAUUAUAUAUUAUAAUAUCAUUCUUGUAUGAGGCUGAGUGAACUAUGAAUGUAAAGUUUCCCUCGAAGAUUUAGAGACGUGUCAGUGGUCAUAUAUCAAGUACAAUUGCACAUUCCCUGUGUGUGUAUGCGUGACCUUGAGAGACAAACAGUGUGUGUGUGCGUGUGCGUGCUGUUGUGUGUACAUGUAUGAACUAAACUUGUGAGAGCUUAAUUGCCUUUAAAAUUGUAGUAAAAAAUGAAACCGUCAUUUAACUCAUUCUCACUAUUUUAAAGAACCAUAAAUUGUCUAAAUAAUGUCUGGAUUCAAUCUAAUGUCAUCAAGUUUGGGGUAGGAUUAGGAUAUAAAAAUAUUUCUACUUUAUUAGCGAGGACCUUUUAAUGCUUUCUGUACUAAUGUCUUGAGAUGUCUUGUGUGUGGCAAUGUUUUUUAGUUUUUGGGAGGCUUACACUGCCAUCUAGUGUACAGAAAAUUGUUACGCUGAAUGGUCUUAAAGGGACAGUUCACCCAAAAAUAAAAAUGUCACCAUUUACUCACUCUCAAGUUGUUCCAAACUUGUGUACGUUUCUUUGUUCUGAUGGACACAAAGAUAUUUAAAAUAAUGUCAGCAAUUUUCAGUUCUCGGACAUUAUAUUAGUUUAUUUUAUUUGUUUUUUAUUGUUAUGUUAUAUUUGAAAGAAUUUUGGAAAGCAAAGAGUUUGGGGUAUUUUUGACUAACAUAUACAUUUCCCUUGAAUGGUAGUCAGAACAGAAUUUUCUGACAUUCUUCCAAAUAUCUUUCUUUGUGUUCAGCAGAACAAAGAAAUUCAUACACGUUUGUAAAAACUUGAUGGUGAAUAAAUGAUGACAGAAUUUUCAUUUUUGGAAGAACUAUCCCUUUAAAUCACAGUCUCAAUCGGAGAUAUAAGUCUUAUUGUUUAUGUUCAGCAAUAAAUGAGUCUUAAAAUUCACGUUGCAUGAAGAUAAAAUCAUACUUGCAUACUAACAAGAAAUUUUAACUUUUGGUAUUUUAUUAUGGCUAUAGUUUCAUUCAAUUGAAAACAAACUGAUUCAGUGCUUCACUCAGGAUUAAUAAUUUCAGUCAGCUGUGUAAAUGGACAUUUCAAUAGUUAUAAACUAUACAAUUUGGGUUGAACUGAGAGAAUGUGUAAUUACAUUUUCGUGUCUGAAUUUGGGGGGAAUGUUUAAAUUUUUUAAUCGAUAAUGAAGAUUUGAAGUGAUUUGCAAUACUCCAGUAUUUAUAACUUGGUCACAUGUUGCUUUUUAAAUAAAUUGUACUGCUUUCUAAUAGGGAUGUAACGACUCACCGUGAGCCGCUUGAAAAUCGAUUUAAAAAUGUCACGAUUCAAGUCACUGAAACGAUAAACCAAUCGCGAUACAUGUUUUGAACAGCAGGGGUCGCUGUUUUACUGCAAACCUGCUUUACAGAGAUCUCGGUUAAUGCCAACAAACGUGGAUAUGCUUAUAAAAACGUAAAAAAUCCACAAAUAAAAGUCGUCUCUUUAAUAUAAGCACAGUUUUUGUUUGUAUUACAGAUAAUAGUCUUAAUUUGUAAUGCAUUAUCAUUUUUAUGCAUAUUUUUAUUUAAGUUUUUUGUUAUUUUUUGUUAUUGGACAUAAAAUAAAAAUAUAAAAAAGAAAUGAUUAAAAUUAAUAAAUGGGCACUUGUUCAUUUCUAUUUUGUCAACUCGUUUUUGGUAAAAAAGGAAUCGUGGUACGUGACAUAUCGUAUCGUGAUAUAAGUAUCGUGAGUUGAAUCGUUACAUCCCUACUUUCUAAUGAAUAACAUUUAUAUAUGUAUGCACAUAUAACAGUCCAUUGCUUAUGCUAGUGCAUAUUGCUUUCGAAUGAACUAACAAAGUAAAUAUGUUCAUAACAAUUAUGAAACGUCAAAACUUUCUGUAUAAAUAAAUAUAUUUGCAUUCAAUUGAA